AUGGUAAUGUUUCUUGUGUCAAUGUGUGCACUCGUUUUGAGUAGCACAUUUACCAGCUGCUAUAUCCAGUUUGUGCUUUUGAAGAAAUCUGAAGACGACCGUGUUGGUGAUAUGGAGGCAAUGGACAUUCAGGCUGUUGAAUCUAAAUUGAGUGAUGUGACUGUAACAGCGAUACCCAUGAGCGGCAAAAAUUCUCACAAAGACUUAGCUCUUGGAGGCAACAGUCAUGCCACCAUAUCCACUGUGCCUGCAUCGUCACCAUCAUCAAACGGAAAAGAUAAGGAUAAUAGUAUGUCUAAAUAUGCUCAAUUAUUAGCAGUUAUUGAGGAAAUGGGCAAAGAAGUUAGACCCAGUUAUUCAGGAAGUCGUAGUUCUGCAGAACGAUUGAAAAGAGGCAUUGUACAUGCUCGUAUUCUUGUAAGAGAGUGUCUCAUUGAGACAGAAAGGUCUGCACGACAG